UGCCAAACAAAGAUAAAUAUAAAGAAUUAUGAAACUGCUCUUUAUGCAACAAAUAACUGCCAAAAGAUAGGCCUACUAUAAGUUGAAUUAUGGACUUGGUUGAAUUUCGUUUUCAGCGUUUAUGGGUAUUUUAGAAGCAAUCGAAGAAGAUGGCUCUCAUCCUAGAAUGCGCAGACGGCCUAGGUUCUGUGUGUCUGACACGGCACUGGACUACUCGUGUGCAGGAAACAAUGGCCUCAACGGAUGCCACGAAGAUCGCCCAACAAGAAAUAAAAUAAGGCGACUCCAUGGCCCAAAAUAUAUCCCCUUAGCUGACUACCUUUCCAAAAACGAGGUAACGUCAGAACAAGAUGAAUCUGCAUCGAUGGAUGACAAACACCCAAGUGAUUUUUCAUUGAUCAGAAUGGGCUUUGAACAGCAGUACUCAAAGAUUCCAGAAUACUUGAGGCAGCUGGGUUAUGAAGAUGUUAAAGAUAUCUACAAACCCAACUUCAAGAAAGAUAGACGAGUUUGGCUUCAUAAAUCAUCCUCUAAAAAACAAUUAAACACUAUGAGUAUGCCCAAUGACCACAUGCAAAACGAACCACAAGUGCAAGACAUUGGCGUUCAAUUAGCAAAGAAAGAUUCACGUAAAUGGCUUCAUAAAUCAUCAGAUAACAAGAAGGGAGCUAUUGAUGAACCUAAUGAUUUUCGAUCACAUUACACGUUUCGAAAUCAUAGUAGCCCCCCAAAUAGAACUGCUCGCAAUGUGGGUAAUAGUAGCCCGAGUAAAAGCGUUACACUGAUCAGCUCUUCCGCAAGUCUGUAUUUGAAUUCUUCUUUUGAAAAUUUGUAUGUUGACACUGACGAGGAUGUAACGGCUUCCAAAAGUAAUGAUUCGGUCAGGUGUCUUCCCGAUCUUGACAAUGAUUGGUGCAUCGUGUAA